UGUCGCUAGUUAGCACCAACCACAAUCAGACACUGCAGUCUGGUCUCGUCCGGCGGCCAGUUGCCCUGAUCUUUGAGACAAUUCCCGGCCUGCUCCCCCACCUUUACCAGUGAGAAGACGCUCCUCCCAUCACCGUCCAGCCCCAGCACCAUGCUGAAACCGGCUGCCUGCCAGAAAGGAGCCCGUCGCCCACUUCCAACCGCCGCCGCCACUGCCAACAUGCGCUCGCCCAUGACGCCCGCCGCCGGACACCCGACCCAGGACGACGGGUGGAUCCUUGUCCGCAGAAUCCCAACCGGCGGGUACACCAAGACAAGAUCCCCUCAGCACAACGACGACAACAUGUCGUCCCGCCAGGUCGCCAACGCCUCCGCCAGCAAUCGGCCGACCGCGUCCGUCUUCGAUUUCUCCGAAGAGAGCAUCGAGAACAUCACGUACUUCGACGCUCCCGCCCCGUCCGCCACCGCUCCCGCCCACAAGCCCCACACGCCCGAGUCCAGCGGCGACUCCUCCACCCAGAGGGCCAGCACGGAGGACACCCUCACCGACCUCGACCUCCCCCUCCCCACCGCCGCGCUUCCUCCCAACCCCGUGCCGCUCCCACCUGGAGGAUCCCUCGAGCCCGCCCGCCCCCAGCUGACGCAGUCCAACAUGGACUUCCACCAGCGCGAGCUGGCCCAGCGCUACCAGGGCAGCAUCGCGGGCUGGGUCGCCGCCGCCGGCACCGGCCCCCGCCUGGCCUAUCAUCGGUGCCCCCCGCCGCCGCCGUCGUCGUCGGCGGCGGCCGCUGCGACCGAGCCGUACAGCAGCAUGCUCGCGACGGCGGGCGCGAGCGCCGGCACCCGCAGCGGCAGCAGCAGCGUCGCCGCCGGCGCCGGAACGGACUGGCUGCUCGUCUCGCACCUGCCUGCCGCCGCUGCCGCCGACGACGAGGUGGCGGCCGCCGGGGCGUGGUGCGAGGUGGCGCUGGGCCCGCUGGUCAGGCGCUUCUCGGUGCUGACUUUUGAUGCGGACGAGCUGAUCUUUUGAUUGAUUGACCCGGGGGGUUUGGAUGUCUCCGACGCCGGGGGUUGAGAGAUUUGUCGCGUUUGGUAUGGAGUUUGAGGUGAGAGGGUGUUGGGUGCGGGGUGUUGAAUUGGGUUACACGUCGGAGGCAGGUGCGGCGGCGUCGGUGCGAUAGGCGUUCGGAUGAUGUCCUCGAGCGAUGGACCCGUGAUGGAUGGGGGUAUCCCGGUCUGGCCCGGGCCACCCCGAGCCCGAUGGCCGCCAUGACGUGGGUCACGGCAUCGCAGAGUGGUCGCUAUGUUUCGCGUCUCCUUUUUGUUUCAUUUCCCCCUCUGCCUCGUCCCAACUGGCUUGUCUCUUCCCUUUCUUUUCUUCGUGUUCCCCUUUCAUCAAUUCUCCACUGUUUUCCGUCAGCCGCGCUGCCAAAAAGCGGCUUUCUUCCUCACUCUUCGUCGUUGGGCUGGCUUUGGUAUUUCCUUUAAUGACUGUUUUCCUUUCUGGAGCACCUCACUCCCGCUUUUCUUUUUCUCUUCGUCUCAUCUUUUUCGGUAUACCGACUGUGUUCGUAAGGUGCGAAAACAAAACACAUGGAACAGGGUCAACAAAA